GAGCAGCUCGCUCAGCAGUCGCACCACAGCCGCCGAAGUGGACGCACGCACGCAACCCUCGCCUGCCCAGACGACGACGCCGACGACGAGUGAACGACCCACACGCCGCCACCCCUCGCUCCAAUACCGGACGAUGAGACUGUGAAGACGCGAGAAAUACGCACUCGAGUUUUCACAUUGAAGCACACUUUUUGUCGACGAUUCGAGCAGGACUGACGAGCAGUAAUGCUGCUAAUUAAAUUCCUCUGGUCCGUGGGCCCGGUGGUGCUGCUGACCAUCGACACCGCUCUCGCCUACCAAGAGUGGUCCGUAGCAAGAAUGAUCGAGGAUCCAGACUUCGGGCAACCCAUCCAGAACGCUACAGUGCCUCUCGGCCGCGAAGUGGUGCUGUCAUGCGUCGUGGACCACCUUGGCAAGUUCAAGGUGGGCUGGCUGCGGGCAGAGGACCAGACCAUUCUAACCCUGCACAACAAGGUGGUGACGCACAACUCUCGCAUCGCGGUCACCCACGAUAACCACCGGACGUGGAACCUGCACAUCAAGCAGGUCAAGGAGGCAGACAGGGGAUGCUACAUGUGCCAGAUCAACACCAACAUCAUGAAGAAACAGGUCGGAUGCGUCGACGUGCACGUUCCUCCCGACAUCCUGUAUGACGAAACGAGUGUAGAUCAAGCUGUGCAAGAAGGAGAAAAUGCAACCUUGGUCUGCAGAGCAACAGGUCAUCCACCACCUAGAAUUACCUGGAGGAGAGAGGAUGGUGAUCCAAUAUUGAUACGGAAAGGCUUGAGAGAAAUUAUGAAAGUGGACACAUAUAACGGCAGCCUGAUGCACUUCUGGCGGCUGGAUCGCAGGCAGAUGGGAGCUUUCCUCUGUAUCGCCUCCAACGACGUCCCCCCCGCCGUCAGCAAAAGAAUCAUCCUCAACGUCAACUUUUCACCUGUCGUAAAAGUGCCAAAUCAGCUACUGGGUGCGCCACUUGGAACUGACGUGCAGCUCGAGUGCUACGUGGAAGCCUUUCCCAACACUAUUAACUACUGGGUUAAGAACAGAGGUGAAAUGCUGCUCAACGGGCCCAAGUACGUGAUCACCGAAAGCAAAGCCACUUACAAAGUGUACAUGUCUCUGGUGAUCCGCAAAUUCAGCCACAGCGACAUCGGAACCUACAACUGCGUCUCAACCAACUCAUUAGGAAAAGCUGAGGGGACUUUGAGACUUUACGAAAUAAAAUUAAACCCUGGUAAUCCUCCCGAAUCGACAGACAAUCAUGUCGCUGUGGUCGGAGGUCUUGCUGAGCCUCCCCGAGGGCAGUCGUCGCGGUCGAACAGCGCGGCGGACGCGGUUGAGGGCGAGAUGCGCGCCUCGGCGUCUAGCAGCUGGGGCGGCUCACCCCUUUUGGUCAGCCUGUUCUUCCUCGUUAGCAGAACAAAUCACUUGGCGUGGUCGGCGAGUGCCAGAUGACAUGUCUAGGCGGACGACCGCUAGACCCCGCAGCCAGCCAGCCAGCAACCCCCUUCGCCCCCAUUCAAUAUAUGUCUGUGUAAAUAUAUAUACAACUGUGCGGUAUAAAUGAGCGAGCGAAAGCGAUUAACAAUAAUUAUCAUCAUCGCGAAUUACAUUUAUCGUCCGAGACGACGAAGAGAAGAAGCACAUAAAUAAGCGUUAAAGAGAUAAAUAAUUACACUGUAAAUUACUUACGUGUGAGAGCGAGUGCUGAGUGCCGGGAUAUUAAUUGUUUGCUUGAUUUGCAGAACGUUUUACUGUUGCACUGAGUAAAAACAGCCAUUGUUGUUUCAAUUAAUUGUGUGAGCACAUAUAAUUUGUCACGUUAAUUUAUAUUAAGGAGAUAAUUACUUUCAGUAAUUGAAAUCACGAGUUAAGAUGGAGUAUUUUUCAACUGUGAAAAGCUUUGUAUUUUAUGGGACGUCCUGUCUGAUGUGCCAAACAAACAGGCCUAUGUAUAGUUGUGCAUGAAAAUAUAAUAUCAGCAAUUUACUGUUAAUUUUCUACUCGUUGUCUGGAAUUCCGUUAAGGCCUGCUGCUUGACGAUUCGUUUUCUGUUUGAUUCUUCAUAAUAUGUCAACAUUUUUAAGGAGACUGAUAAGAUUAAUUCAUAAGGUAAAAUGGUAAAGAAUGAUGAGGAAGACAUUUAAAAAUUUGCAAAAGCUUAUUAGAGAGUAAUGCUAAUAUUCGCGGGAGAGCAUAUUUAUGUUUACAACCAAAUCAUUUUCGCUGUAAUAUGUGAUCUUCUGAUGUUACGAGAAGAGUUUAAACACAAUGUUACACACAGAUCUCAUUAAUAAAUCCCACAGAUUUUUCAUUAAACAUUAAAACGGUGCAUGAUGGGCGAUUGUUGUGUAAAAAAUACAUAGGUGAGGAAAUAAAAAUAAAUUAAAUUAUCGAAAAUAUCAAAACGAAUCUCAAUGUGAUUCAUGGAAUAUUCAAUUUCAGUCUUGAUCGAUUUGUUUCUCUGUUAGCUGAUCAUUGAGGAAAUCUGUUUUUGAUGUGAAAAUCGCAUUUUCUGCCAUUCGGUUUCAUCUUCGCAGAUCCAAUUUUUUCUAAGCAUCUGUACACAGUAUGAGAAUAAAUAUGUUCAAUAUGGGAA